UGAAAACGCGUUUUCCGCACGCACGUAGGAAAAUUAUUUAAAAUUUCCAAUCGCAUUGUCGCUAUAUCAUAGGUCUGUCCUUCGCCGACACGGUGACUAAUUUAGUUUCUCAGUUUCUCUGUUCGUGGUUCAAAAAGCCUCCUCUAAUCUGGAUCCAUUAAACGAUUCUCAUUCAUUCUCUAUUGAUUCUGUUAGUACUAGUUCGACAAAUGUUCAUCAGUAGGGACAGUAGGCAGUGUAGGCACAGGUAGUGGUAGGUACUUAUUUAAGGUCCUGACAAAUACAGGUUUCCUAUAUUCAUUCACAUCGCAAUCGCAGUUGUUUAUAUUUAUUGGGUAAUUAGAGUUCCUACUUUUCGUUUCCUAAUUAAAAAUGUUUAGUUCUAAUUCGGAAUUGGUUCGGAUAUGAGCCCCGAACAAACCUAUGUAAUUUACCCGACAUUUACCCCACUCCUCAUUCCACUCUGUGUAAUUUACCAACUUUGACUUAUUAACCUAAAAAAUAUAAUCCUCAACAACUUAAAUCUAAAAUCUGGCUGGAAUAUUCAAAUAUAUUUUCAGGAUAAUAUAAUCUAUAUUUUUAUAAACAAGUUAACCAGAAAUCCAAAUUAUGAGCAUUGAGACUUCCUUUAAAAAGUUAGAGAUCAGUAGUGAAGUCAGAGAAGGUGAAAAAGUUAGCAAAAAUUUGGUUACUGGGAAUAAGAUUUAUCAGUACAUCGACAUAUUUAAGAAUCCUGCUAAGCUCCCAAUUAAUCAGAUUCACAUCGAACACACCUGGAGACAGAUUAAAAAACACCCUCCAAAAGACUGGGGCAAUAGUGAUAAUAGUGCAGAGGAAAUGGCAAGGACCUAUAUUGAAACCAAAUCCGAAAUCAUUCCAGCACUGGACCGAAAAUUGUUACCACCAACAUUUUUGCACCGAUUUGAACCGUUUUCCAUAAUUCAAGCUGAAGAAGAAGAGGAAAGGGUCAACUUCAUAACAAAAAAUAUUCAGUAUCUUGAAGGACUUGAGUUCCUACUAAACUGCAACUUCCACCAAUUUUGGUGCACGAUUUUAAAUGAACCUUCGGCAGUCGUUGCAUUAAGGAGCUUUUUAUUAGAGCCAAUUUUACCUUAUCAAUUUACAUAUUUAGUUGAUGAGUGCUUGGAGGUUUAUAUGGCUGUGCUUACAACGUUUUUAUUGGUUUAUGAAAAGUUAUUGACGUUCAAAAAAAGUGAGACUGAAUACAUGGCAAGUUCUUUUGGGUUAUCAAAACUCAUCGAGAAAAAACUCCUAAACUUACCUAUUGUGAUAACAUUAGCUGUUUUGUACAAAGAUAGAGAUUAUGCAUUUGUAGACAACGUAGUUGAAGUGUAUUUCAAUUAUUUGAAAAAAGAUAAUGAAACAUUCCUCAGUAAAGAAGUAGAAGUUACGAUCGAUCAAAACCUAAGUGUUUUAGAAAUUAUCGGGAAUCAAGUUUGUGGCUUCGGAGGAUCAGGCAGUAUUGUUCCAAAUUAUAUACAUAACAGACCGGCAAUUUUUAGUUUGUCUUGGGUUUAUUCAGUGGUAGAUGACAUCAUCAAAACCCUUGUCUCAUUGAAUGCCUUGUUCCAGUUUUAUAGACCUUCUAUAGAGAUGGCUUUAAACAAAAAUUUACCAUUUAGAUUGCCUUAUUUGUAUGUGAACAUUUACAAAGAUUUAUUUGAACUGUUGGAUCAAAGAGAGGAGGAACACACCGAACAAGCUCUCUUUAAAGUUGUUAUCAAAGGCAUUGGUAUGGGACGGACUGAAUUUAUUGAAGUAUUCCAUGUAUUUGUGUCUAAUUGUUUAGACGAAGCACUGAAACAUAUGGGAGACAAUACGAAACAGGAGCAUCUUGUUGAAACUUACCUUAAAUUAUUAACAACAGCCUUAGAAGAAGAAUACUUUAUUAAAGAUUAUAAUAAAACAUACGAUGUUGCCAAUCAAAAUGAAAUGAUUGAGAGCUGCUGUGAUCUGGAUCCUACACGUACGAAAUUCAUAGUAUCUUGCAUUAAUCGGCUACCGCGCGAUAAAGUCUUACAAGAACUAUCGAAAUCGGGCCGAAGAACCCUGGAAGAUGUCAUUAGAGACUUUACUCCUGCUUUGGCAGAAAUACCAAAAGUUGAGGAAGAGCAACCUUGUGCUUCAGGAUCAAGAUUGGCCUCAGCAAAACAUAGUGAAAUUGAUGCACAAAUACAAGAUAUUAUUGAUAUGUUCCCUCAUUUAGGAGACGGUUUUGCCCUGCAAUGUUUGGAAGCCUACAACUUCCAGACUCCGGAUGUGAUCAAUGCUAUAUUAGAAGACAAUUUACCACCUCACUUGGUGGAAAUUCCGUUCGACAGUAUUAGGAUUCCACCAGAACCUGAACCGGAAAAACCAAUUUUGGCAUACAGAGGCAAGAAGCCAGAUUAUGACGACGCUUUAAAAUUGCUCAAUGAUAAGAAGGAAAAGAAGGACAUGAAGACUUUAGUCUUGGACAUGAUCCAAUCCGAUAAUUACAACUACGACGAUGACUUUGAUGAGGAAGGACUCGAUAUGGUUGAUGUACCCGUUCACGAUAAUCCAACUUGUGAUGAUCCGGAAACGGAAAUAUUUAACCCGAAUAGACGGCCCCAUAGACGUGGACAACCUGAGAGUGACAGUGAAGAAUCUGAGGAGGAAGCAGCAGCUGCAGCAACUUCUUCAGAAAGAAACAGGCUCAAUUUCUGCGACGAUCCAGCUGCUAUAAGAGAAAGACGAAAUGCCAAGUUUGCAAGCAAACAUCCACAAUCCAGCAACCCGGCUAAACCUAAACCAGAUGUUGUUGGUAAAGCUAAGGGCCAGGGUCAAGAAAAAUCUACACAGAUUAAUCGACAAAAGAAAAACGCAAAUAAGUCAAGCAGGGCCAAUCACAAUAGGAAGAGUGGUGCCACAUGGAAACGUAAUAAAGGAAUGAUUCCUUCCUAAAAGCAAGUCUGGUUGUUUUCUAUUAUAUGAAAAAGGUGCUCUAGGGUUGCCCUACAUGUUGAUCAUGGUUGAUGAAAUAUUUAUCGUUUGUUGAGAAUUCAUAUAUUUUUUUUUUUUGGGCUUUUCUUUCAAUUCAAUCAACAUCUUUUUUUUAUUCGAACAUGUUGAAAUCGAUUACAGGCUAGGCUGGCGGUACACAGGAGCUGUCAUUUUUCCUAUGAUUUGUAAGCAAUAAUAAGCACUUUUCUUUGGGAUAAUGAAUAAGAUGUGUAGCGUAGCCAGCCUCAAAUUUGGAUCGAGAAAGUUGAUUAAACCUGUUGUUCAUCUG